AUGAACCGCUAUAGGAACGCCCCCAGCCUGCGAGGCCCCAGUAAAGCCUCGGCCAAUACUUUAUGCCAAAAAUGUCUAAAACGAGAUAUCUAUGAAUGCAAGGCAACAGCGCAAGAGCGCCCAUAUACGGCGCGACCUUCGCGAACCCAACAAUUGAAAAACCCCAAUUUAUUGCCUAAACUCUCGACGGAGAACCCGAAUAUGUUGCUUCAAACUGCUGGUGUGGCAGACGAAAUAUUGGCUAAACGAGAGGAGGAGCGUGGUCGCAAAAGAGAUCUUGAUAAUGAGGACGCAGGCCGCCAUACUUACUCACCGAAGCGAGCACGGUCGCUUUCAUCUCAUUCGACAAAUUCAGUUGCCACGAUAUCCACGACACGUUCCGCUUCAGCGUCGCCUGAUCGCCGGAGUAAGCCCAGGGCGCAUGCGAAAGGCCGCACGACCAGCUCAGUAUCACCUCAUGCCGACAAGUCCCGCAAGAGAAGACUAAGCGACUCUGGCGAGAGUUAUUCUGGUUCAUCAUACUCGGGAGAAGUGAGACAUCGCUCCAGGUCUCGAGAAUGGGCUGAAGAUAGAAACAUUCGGCGACGACGUCGUGAAAGUAGCCCUGAAGAACGUGGGAGACACCGCGACACCCGACAGCGUGACCACCGCCGCAGUCCAAGUGUGGACCAUGGCCAAGUUGCAAAGGACAGACGGUCCGAGACACCCAGAACUCCCCAUGACCGCUCCGGACAGCGGUCAUAUCGAGACCGAGAGAAUCCUCAAGUGCAUGCUCAAUCGGGGCGAUCCAGACAAGAGCCACGGGCUAAACCAGGUCCACCCAAAGAGCGAAGUUUGAGUCCAUACAGCAAGCGCCUUGCCUUGACCACGGCCAUGAAUUAA